ACGCUGAAGCUUUUCUGAUGAAAAAUGCUAAAGUCAAGCUGUGUUUACAAGCCAGCCCAAUGAAUGGGAAUUUAUUGCUGGAGGACUGUAAUCCAGAGUCAGAUUUCCAGGACUGGUCUUGGCAAGGCGAUGCUUUGAUGAAUCACGGCACGCAGAGCUGCCUCUCUGCGGUGGGGGCCGACGAAGUGCAGACAAGUCUCUGCGGCAGCGCUGGCUACACAAGCUGGGUCUGCUCGAGCUCACUGCUCUCCCCUCUGGGCAGCAGCCAGGGCUACCUGGUGGCAAGCAGGAGAGGAGUCGCUCUCGGGAACGCGAGAGGUCUCAAGGCCCAGUGGCAAGAUGUCGCGGGCAGGAGCGUGUGCGAGGAGAAGGCAGCCAAGGCGCAGCAGGAGUGGUACUUCCCCGCGGCCCUCGCCAGCACACGCGUGUAUGACCACACGGCAGGCAACGCCACCCUCGCGCUGGGCAUGGAUCGGGAUCAGCUGGAGGAGCUGCUCUGGUUCUUCCGCAGAGAAGACCCCUCCACAUGGAAUUACUCCAUCCUUGCCCUUUCCUUCGUGGCCAUGAUUUUGGGUCUUCUCCUCCUGGCCAUUAACAUUACGCGAAACAGGAAACGGAAGAUCCACAUGUAUAUGGAAGCAAUGCAAAGCUCCCAGGAGGCUGAGGUGGAAGCCAAGCAAGCCCUGAUGCCUGUGCAGGAAUACAGCCCUGACGAGCCCCAGAAGCAGGAGCUGGGGGCCCAGGAGCAGAGGUCAGGAGACGUGGUGGUCCAGUGGAAGGACGGGACCGUCACAUCUCUGUACACGGAGAAGUUCGAGGAUGCUCUGUGA